AUGCGCAACUUUGUCCCUAAUGGGCGCCGUGGUCUUUGUGGUGUGAUUGAUAUCCUCUCUAAUACAUGGACGGCUCUCAACUGUAACGAAACGAACAUGGCACUCUGCGAGUUUGAACCAGGUAAUUGUGAUAACAUCGACGAAAAUAAUAUUGUAAAGUCAAAAAGGGACGUAGACACCGUACGGCAAAAUACAGCUGUGUCCAGAAAUAAAAUAUCGUUAGAGAAAAGCCAAACAAUACGUACGACUUCGGAGACAAUGCUGAAUUCGUCAAGUCUGAAGACAUCAAACAAUUUAGAGGGAACCGAAAUGUCACCGUCGGCAGCAACGGAAAUCAAUAUAAACGAAAACAAGACAACAUUCUCUUCCCCUCCGACACCUUAUACUGUCCACGUGGUGAUAGGAAUUCUGGGUAUAAUUGUGUUUGUCAUACUUAUAUGUGGUCUCUUUAUCAAUGACCUAAAAUCUAUGACGUUGCAUAUUGUGAGGGGUGAGGAGGGAAGAGCAAGUAGAGAGAAUCAGGCCCUGAAUUACCCUCAUCUAGCCGUGAACGUCAACUAUCAGAAUGAACAGUCUUCAACUCAGACUUUAUCUCGGUUACGGGAACGCUUGUCGUUUCAGAACUGA